AUGAAGGAGGCAUUUGUCGACAGGGACAUCACACUGACCAUUCGAGACACCGAAAUUCCGGUCCCUGAAGCUGGCCAGGUCCUUAUUCGCGUGGUCGUUUCUGGCACCAAUCCUAAGGACUGGAAGAUCCCUCUGUGGUGGCCAGCAGACGGGACCCCCACCAACCAAGGCGAUGAUAUCGCUGGAUACAUAGAGGCAGUGGGGGAGGGCGUGAUGGGAUUUCAUAAGGGCGACAAGGUCGCUGCAUUCCAUCAAGUGAUGAAACCUCAUGGCAGCUACGCCGAAUAUGCGAUUGCGCCCGAGCACACAACCUUCCAUAUUCCUGCCAAAACCAGAUUUGAAGAGGCGGCUACUAUUCCGCUAGCUGCUAUGACCGCCGCACUCGGCCUUUACCAGCGCUUAAAGCUGCCUCUGCCCUGGAAUCCGACCACUGAGCCUCUGCCUUUAGUUGUAUAUGGCGGUGCAACCGCUGUUGGGGCCUUUGCGAUCAAAUUUGCCCGGCUUUCUAAUAUUCACCCGCUUAUCACCGUGGCUGGAAAAAGCAGCGCUCUUGUCGAAACCCUCAUCGAUCGUGAGAAGGGUGAUACGAUCAUUGAUUAUCGUGAAGGUGACGAGGUAGUUCGGGCUAAGAUCAAGGAAGCGGCUGGUGGACGACCUAUCCACUACGCUUAUGACGCGGUGGGCGAACAUGGAAGUCAUCAGAAUAUCGGCGCGGUUAUGACCGCACCUGGGGAUAUCACUACCGUGAUGUCUAGUGGAGACUACCAGCCCCCUGAGGGAAUUAUCAUGGGCCAAACUAUGGCUGGAUCGGUUCACAUGUCUCCCGCAGCAGGCAAGACGGUCGAAGAUAACGAGUUUGGCGCUGCUUUCUUCCAAUUUAUUGGCCGUGGUUUGGCGCAGGGCUGGUUCUCGGGACAUCCGUAUGAAGUUCGUCCGGGUGGGUUAGCUGGACUUGAAGGGGCGUUGCAGGAUCUUAAAGCAGGCAAGGCGUCUGCUGUUAAAUACGUAGUGCGUAUUGGCGAGACGGACGGGAUAGAGCAGCAGUACUAA